AGCUGCAGUGGCCAGGGCAGAGCCACCUCCUGCCACCACCUCCUCUGGACACGGGGCUGGGGCUGGCCAGGGCAGUGCAGGCUGCUGCGGCAUGUGAGAGCCGGAGCCAGCACGCACCGGGGGCAAGGGAGCAAAGGGAACCUUGCUGGAAGCUUUUCUAGAGGAAGAUGGAGAACCCACUUCUUUUAUUCCCCCAGCUCAACAUUUCUGCUUCAAAGGAUAAACCCUAUUACAAACUCAUGAAAUCAGCAAUUAAGGAAGAGUCACACAAGGCGAGCAAGCCUGGAGCUAAGCAGAAGAGAAAAAGGCUGAGCCUGCUCCUGCAGAAACCUGAUUUCCAUGAAGGUGAUCACCUUGGCAAACCUGGAAACUUGACAAAAGCAGCAAGCAGUGUGUCUCCUGAAGAAGCAGUGAAAUGGGGAGAGUCUUUUGACAAACUUCUUUCUGAGAAAGCUGGGCUGGAUGCCUUCACAAAGUUUCUGAAAACUGAGUUCAGUGAAGAGAAUAUCGAGUUCUGGAUAGCCUGCGAGGAUUACAAGAAAAGUAAAAGUGCACAUGAAUUUCUGCCAAAAGCCAAGACUAUUUUUGAAACAUUCAUACAAAAAGAUGCUCCAAAAGAGGUGAAUCUGGACUUUCACACCAAGGAAGUCACAAGCCAGAGCAUGGGGCAGCCCCUGCGCAGCACCUUCGACGCGGCGCAGAGCACGGUGUACCGGCUGAUGGAGCAGGACAGCUACCCCCGCUUCCUGAGAUCCGCUCCCUACCUCAGCCUGCUGCAGGGCCGGCCCCCGGCCCGGGCCCCGCUCCGCCGCCGCUCCCGCUCCUUCACCGUCAGCGACUUCCAGGGUGUGCGCCCAGACCUCACCGUGUGGUGACAACCGAGCUCAGCCCCCUCAACCCCGUGUGUCACCGUGUGGUGACAACCGAGCUCAGCCCCCUCAACCCCAAGUGUCACCAUGAGGUGACAACCGAGCUCAGCCCCCCUGAACCCCAUGUGUCACCGUGUGGUGACAACCGAGCUAAGCCCUCCUCAACCCCGUGUGUCACCGUGUGGUGACAACCAAGCUCAGCCCUCCUGAACCCCGUGUGUCACCAUGUGGUGACAACCAAACUAAGCCCUCCUCAACCCCAAGUGUCACCGUGUGGUGACAACCCAACUAAGCCCUCCUCAACCCCGUGUGUCACCGUGUGGUGACAACCAAGCUCAGCCCUCCUCAACCCCAGCUCCCGCAGCAACCCGGGUGUGUUUUAAACCCCAAACCCUCAGCAGAUGUAACUAAGUUGUGAAGCAAAAGAGAAUUCACUUACACCAGAAUCUCACUUUCAUAGAAAUGUAGGUGAUGUAUUGGCAAGUCAUAGCAUGCACAGUUUUCAUACAGGAUAUUUUUUUUUUUUUUAACUCAGGCAAAAGCUGUGAUCAGAUUUGGGAUCUACUUAAAAAUGUCUCAUAUAAUGCCAUUUGAUAUUACCCAACAUGUACCCUGGGCCUGCAUCAUUUAGGCCAGAGUUUCAUCACUAUUAGAAUCUCUGUAUCCAGUCUUUGCACACAUUUAUGUUUUUGCAGUAUUUCCUACUCUAAGCACAGAGAAUUUGUGUGUGCACAAAUACAGUAUUUUCUCAUACAGUAAAACACACAGGAACAUUAUUAUUAGGUAUAAUGCAAAGUUACAUGAAUUUUAACUAAAGAUACUGCAUAAUUAAAUCUAUAACUAAAAUGUAGCCAUUGCCUAUUUUAAGAGGAACGUAAAAAUACCUAUUUAAUUUUUGGGGGUACAUUUUUCUUAUUCCACAUGUCUGUUGUCUAUUUCUAAGUUAUGAUGUAUAUAUUAGCUUUGGCAUCAAAUACAUGUAUUCUAAUUUUUUGCAACUAAAUGAGCAGCAGCAAAGGGACAAGAAUGCUAUUUUAACACAAUGUGUAUCCUUAAGUACCAGCUGAUGUCUAUGUAUAUAAAUGUAAAAUAUUUCUACUUUUAUUUAUAAAUAGUCGUGGUAUACCAGCUUUGUUACUAAACUUUGUUCUAAUUUUUUUUCUGCCUUUUGUUUUGAAAAUGUAUCUGAAAAUUAACAGCUCUUGGUCUCAGGCAGAGCAACUUUCAGUUCCAUUGGUCAUUAAUAUCCUCUCUAUAUGUUGUAGAAGAGGAAGGAGAAAUCUUUUUUAUUUCUUUACUAUCAAAGACAGACAUAUUCUUUUAUAGUCAGCACACACAGUCAUUCUGUCCUUUUCUUUCACGGUUGAUGCAGACAUACCUUGAAGCUUGGGGCAGUUUUUAAAAUCUUAAACAUUGGUUCAGUUUAGGAAGGGGCUGCAGGAUUUACCUGUAACUAUGACUUGUAUAUUCUGUUGUUUCUUGAGGAAUUUAAGCUUUCUCCCUUUCCCUCCACUUUCUGUAAGUGGUGAAGGAGAAGAGGUGCAGUUCCUGAGGAUGGGACUUUGUGUUCAUUGUUAAUUUGGGGUGUAUAUGAACUGCUGGAUCUGCAGGUUUCCCUGUCUGCUUUAUUAACUUCCAAUAAA